AUGUCUCUCUUUCAGAAGAUAUUCAAGAAGCCUAAGAACAGUAAAGAGGUGCAAAACGCAAAUAUCUCUACAGCACCGACGAGUCUUAUAGAAGCCUCCACGAGCACCGCAGCAUCGAUUGCCAUACCAACAAACAACGAUGCUACUGCUCAUGAAAUAGGCCAGAUGGAGAGGCCAAAAACUCCAUCUACUGCCCAAAUAAACGCACAAUCCCAAACUCGGCAAGACGCUGACCGGUCGACCCUCGGAUCCAAGACGGACAAAUGGCUUGCUCGAGCGGCUUUAGUACUUGAUUUGACCAAGAGUGCCGCUGAUGCAGGCGGCCUCGCGCCAUUAAAAGGAGCAUGUGAAGGCAUGGUCACUCUCCUAGGUUCCAUUCAGGCAGUCAAAGAUAACCAGUCCGCCUGGUCCGAGCUCCUGCGGACGGUCCGAGAGCAUAACACGGCACUUCAACGGCAGCUCGACCAGCUGGGCAUCAAGGACAUACUCGAAGAGUGUGAAAAGUCUAUUAGCGGUCCGGUCAUGGAUUAUACUACCACCCUCAAGGAGUUGGUCAUCGAUAUCUGCGUAGAUUCGGGACUCAAGGAAUACGAUAUCGACAAGGGUAUCACCUUGAAGAUACUGGCUCAACGUAUAGGCACUACGAGGCUAGAGGCGGACACCAUCGCUACGUAUCAACGACAAUUGACGGAUGCCAAACGCGGGUUGAUGGAAGCUCUCAUGCUCUAUGUCACAGUGUCGGUGCAGAAGACUGCGGAGAAGGACAUCUUGAAAGAUCUGCGAUCCAAGCCUCGCCAACGUCCACGAGAGUGCCAAUCAGGAACACGCGUUGAGAUACUGGCCAAAUGUGAAGCCUGGUCCAAAGACCUUAAUGCCCCAAAUAUCCUUUGGAUAAAAGCCGCCCCCGGAGCUGGCAAGUCUGCCAUUGCAUCUACAUUGGUGACUACGCUCGGCAUCAAGAGGACACGCCUAGGAUCGAGCUUCUUCUUCAGCCGUCAACAGACGGCAACUAUCACGAUCAGCACGGUCUGGCAAGGUAUCGCGUAUGAUCUAGCACGGCACCCUACCAUUCGCCGACACCUCGCACACAAGAUGGACAAUGAAGAGAUCGACCUAACGGCGCCAAACAUUGACGCUGUCUUUCAUCAGUUGGUCGGAGAGCCACUAUCCAAGAUUGGCACGAUCGUUGGCGAUCAAUCACCUAUAGUUGUCCUCGACGCAUUGGAUGAGUGUGGUGGACUGGAAGGUGUCCGGUCGACAGAAUUUCGCAACCUCAUUCGUACGCUUGCGGCGUGGUCUGAUCUCCCGUCCAGCUGCAAGCUGAUUGUGACAAGUCGCGAAGAGGCCGCGAUAGCAAGGAUCUUUACUGGUCCUAGAACACCAUAUAUGAUCGAUUUGCUCGUCGGAGAAGAGACGAUCAAUCAGUCGAGAAGAGAUAUUCAAGCAUUUCUGAGUGAGGAGCUUAAGGAAACCGCCAAAGAGUACUCUUCUCUGCCUGCAGGAUGGCCUGGGGUAGCUACCAUCGAAGCACUCGCGAUCAAAGCCGACGGGUUGUUCAUUUGGGCAUCAACAUUGGUGGAGUACGUCCGCCGUGGUAAUCCAAAGAAACUUCUAGAGGAGAUAAUGCAUACUGAAAGCAAUAUGGGUAUGAACGCUCUCUACGGCAAAGUUAUCAAUGCGGCUUUCCCUAACGCAGAAAGCCAAACAAUUCAAGAAUUACAGAUGAUACUUGGUGCGAUUAUCGUCGCCAGGACGACUCUGGACAUACGGACAAUUGCUGAGCUCCUUGCAAUCGACCUCUCAACCGUCGAGCACAUAUGCAACGCUCUGCGGCCCGUGCUGGAAAUGAGGGAGGGUGCCCGCUUUCGCCAUCAGUCGUUUGUGGACUUUCUAUUGAACCAGCAAGUAACAGAUUCGGAACUCCAGAUUGUCACGAGCGACUGUAAUCAGAUUCUUGCUGAUCAUUGCCUACGGGUGAUGGCAGAGAGGCUACGAUUCAAUAUUUGCGAGAUUUCGUCGUCAUAUCUACUCAAUAGCGAUAUCUUGAAUGCAGUCUCAUCCAUAGAAGACUACAUCCCAUCCUGUUUACAGUACGCAUCGCGAUAUUGGGUAGACCACUUGGAAGGUACACCUCCGGAUGCAGAAACAAUGGAACGCAUUAGAUACAUCCUCAAGAAUCAUUUCCUCUCUUGGCUCGAGGUCGCAAGUUUAUGCUCAUUUGCACACGCCUUACCGUCUAUCCUAAUUCCAUUGAUCGCGUGGCUGAAGCUAAACAAUGGUGGGAGCCUGAUACCAUUCGCCACGGACAUGCUUCGGUUCACGAACCAUUUCAUUGAACCAAUCUCGUCAAGUGCAGCACAUAUCUAUAUUUCUGCAUUUUCGCUCUCCCCUUCAUCUUCAGAGGUGAAGAGGGAAUACCAGGAUCGUUUCAGAAAUCGGCUGAUCGUUUGUGCUGGCGGUUAUCAAAGCUGGUCGUCACUUGUUCUAACUUUACGUGGUCAUGGCGGGGGUAUCUGGGCUGUUGCAAUCUCUCCAUGCGGUGAUUGCAUCGCCUCUGGCUCGGAGGACAAGACGAUACGGCUGUGGGACGCCGAAACAGGCAAGCAAAUUGGACAGCCACUUGAAGGACAUACGGGACAAGUCAAUUCCGUGACAUUCUCGCCAGAUGGUUGCCGUAUUGUAUCAGGAGCAGGUGACAACACAGUAAGAUUGUGGGAUGCCAAGACAGGCGAGCAGAUCGGACAGCCAUUUCAAGGACAUACAGACUGGGUCAGGUCGGUCGCCUGUUCCCCCGAUGAUCGUCGUAUCGCAUCUGGCUCGGAUGACAUGACAGUCCGAUUGUGGGAUGUAGAGACAGGCCAGCAGGUCGGGCAGUCACUUAUAGGGCACACAGGCUGGGUUAGGUCAGUUGCGUUCUCGCCAGAUGGUUGUCAUAUCGUAUCCGGCUCGAACGAUCAUACAGCACAAUUGUGGGAUAUAAAAACAGGGGAACAGAUGGGGGACCCCUUUAAAGGGCAUACAGGACCGGUCCGGUCAGUCGCAUUCUCGCCAGAUGGUAACCAUGUCAUAUCUGGCUCGGAGGAUCAGACAGUACGAUUGUGGGAUAUAGAAACGGGCAAACAGAUAGGAAAGCCAUUCGAAGGACAUGCAAGCUUUGUCCUUUCGGUCAUAUUCUCGCCCGAUGGCUAUCGUAUUGCCUCCAGCUCGGGUGACAAUACGGUGCGAUUGUGGGAUGUGGAGACAGGAAAGCAGGUCGGUCAGCCGCUUGUAGGUCAUGCAGACCCAGUUACAUCCAUCGCAUUCUCGCCGGAUGGUCGCCGCAUUGCAUCUGGCUCAGCUGACAGGACAGUCCGAUUGUGGGGUGCAGGAUCAGGGGAAGCUACUGUGCAGCCAGUCGAGGGACACGCAGACGCGGUCAUGUCGGUUGCGUUCUCGCCAGAUGGUUGCCGUAUCGCAUCUGGCUCGGGCGACAAGACAGUACGAUUAUGGGAUGCAAAGACAGGCAAGCAGAUUGGACAGCCGCUUGAAGGACAUACGAGCCGAGUCAACUCCGUUGCAAUCUCGCCACAUAGUCGUCGUCUCGUCUCUGGCUUGGAGGAUCAGACGGUACGAUUAUGGGAUGUAGAGACAAAAGAGCAAAUUGGGAAGCCACUUCAAGGACAUACAGACGAGGUUUGGUCUGUUGCAUUCUCUCCAGAUAGCCGUCGUAUUGUGUCUGGCUCUGAGGAUGAGACAGUACGAUUGUGGGAUGCAGAGACAGGCGAGCAGAUUGGAGGGCCGCUUGAAGGACAUGAAAGCCGGGUCUUAUCGGUCGCAUUCUCGCCAGAUGGUUGUCGUAUCGCAUCUGGCUCGGAUGACAAGACAGUACGAUUGUGGGAUGUAGAGACAGGCAAGCAGAUUGGACAACCGCUUGAAGGACAUACAAACUGGGUCAUUUCGGCCAGAUUUUCACCGGACGGUCACCGUGUCGUAUCUGGCUCGAAAGACUGGACGAUACGAAUGUGGGAUGUAGAAACGGGAGAGAAGAUUGGACAGCCAUUUAUCGGGCAUAGUGGCGAUAUCAACUCGGUCGCAUUCUCCCCGGAUGGCGGUCGCAUUGUAUCAUGCUCGGACGACCGGACGGUACGAUUAUGGGAUGCAGAGACAGGAGAGCAAAUUGGGCAGCCACUUAGAGGACAUACAGACUUUGCCACAUCCGUCGCAUUCUCGCCAGAUGGCUGUUCUGUUGUGUCUGGUUCGAGUGACACGACUGUGCGGCUGUGGAAUUUGACCAGUGAAAACCUCGAUCUGCUUCCUAAUCUCCACUCCGUAAUUGACGGCGAUGGAUGGUUGCUCACACCAGAUGGCAAGCCGCUUUUCUGGGUUCCGGCUCAGUUUCGCACCGGCCUUGUUCGACACGGAUGA